AUGGCGACCGCGUCUCUUUCCGCGCAGAGCGCCUCGAGGUUGUCGUUUUCCAGCAGCGCGUUGACCGGCGGCUGCUCACAGCUCAAGGCGGUUAGCCUUGCCGCUGCCAAGCCACACUCCAGCGAGAAUGGCCGGCUCGCCGUGAGAUGCGCCGGAAAGGGCGGGUUCAUUCCCGCGGAGCACCGGUGGAUGUACGAGGGCAUUGAGAACAAGGGACCGGACGAUUGGAACCGCACGUACUACCCCAAGGAGGCGGACCACCUGAACGUGGAGAAGCAGUGGUACAUCGUCGACGCCGCCGACAAGCGCCUGGGCCGCCUCGCGUCCACCAUCGCCAACCACAUCCGCGGGAAGGACCAGCCCACGUACACGCCUUCCGUCGACAUGGGCGCGUAUGUCAUCGUGGUGAACGCGGAGAAGGUGGCGGUGACGGGCAAGAAGCGCGCGCAGAAGAUUUACCGGCGGCACUCGGGGCGGCCGGGCGGGAUGACGGAGGAGACGUUUGACCAGGUGCAGGCGCGCAUCCCCGAGCGCAUCGUCGAGCACGCCGUGCGAGGCAUGCUGCCCAAGGGCCGGUUGGGUCGCCGCCUAUUCACACACCUCAAGGUGUACAAGGGAGAGUCGCACCCACACGAGGCCCAGGUGCCGCAGCCUCUGCCGAUCCAUGACAAGCCCGCUUCAAACAGUACCGCCGGCACCGGAAAUGCCCCUUGCCCCGCACUUGACGCCGUAGCUGUAGCGCACGAUGCGGGAAGCGGGAGCGGCGGAGAUGGCGGAGAGACGAGCGGCGGAGAAGGCGGUUGGAAGAGCGGCGAGGAGGAACAGUGGAACGAAGCGCGUGACGUGCAGAAUCUGGCGCAAUUAUCGACUGACUCGCUAGCAGCGUUCUGCCAGCUGUGGGGCAACACGUCCCGGGAAGGCGGCUACCUGGUGAUGACCAUGGACGGUGUGGAGGCUGCGGUCUUCAAUGAACGCCCGGGGCAGCCUCUGGAACCACCACCGGACGCCUCCCUCCCUGUCCACCUCACGUGGUGCUCACAGCUGCUCUACGGCACGUUGGACGCGGGCAUGGUGUGGGCCUGGGCGGAGUACCACCGCGUGCACGCCAACGUCUCCCGCUUCAUAUUCUACGACAUGGCGGCGUGGACUCCCGCCCUCACGGCGCUCUUCACGCCGUACUUUGCUGCGGGUGUUGCUGCUGUUACGGACAUGUCGGCAGGGCGGCGGUUUGGGUUUCGUGCGGGAGUGGAGUUGCUCUACUUUACUACCAAGCACCAGCACCUCUUCUUCACUCCCCCCUCCCACCCACCAGACCCUAGCCAGCAACGACUGCAUAUACCGCUCGCUCCUCACCUCGCGCUGGGUGACCUCCACGACACAGACGAGUUCCUCUCGCCCGUCCCCCCGCACUCCCUGCCCUCGCUGCUCGCCACGCACGCCCACGCCCCCUGGCUCUCCCAUGGUGCUUUCGCCGUCGAGCCCUCUGUCUGCCAAGGGGAAGGGGGGGAGGACGCACCCGCACCUGCUGAGGCUGCUACGGUGGAGCCUGCUGACUCUGGUGGUGUUGUGGGUGGUGGGUCUGCUGCAGUGGAGGCUGCUACUGCUGGUGGUGCCCGGGAGGCUGGAGCGGCAGUGAACGCCAGAAGUAGGCACGAGGAGACAGCACUGGGAACAGCAGGGAACGGCACGGAGGGUGCUGAGAUGCAGUGGGAUGAAGCUGCAGGGACGGAGGCAAAGAGACGUGCCGUGCAGCUGCUAUCGCGAAUGGUGUUCCGGCACCCAGACGUGUGGUGCAUGCGCGACAGGGCCGAGGGGCAGCAGAUCGACUCAGAGCUGUGUGAGGACUGGCGGGGCCACCGGAAACUGAUUGUCAACCCGCGCAAGACCGAGGUUAUGUCUAUCCACAUCGCACGGGAGCCACAGAAGGGCGGAGUAGUGCUGAACGCAGCAACGGAGCUGCGGCAUUUCCAUUUGUCUGGAGUGGUCAACCCGGACGAGUGGAACCGCACGUACUACCCGAAGGAGGCGGACCACCUGAACGCGGAGCAGUGGUACAUUCCCCCUCACCCCCCCCCAUCCCUGGAUAUCACCGCCUUUCUGCUCAUCUACAGGACGAGUGGAACCGCACGACGAGUGGAACCGCACGUACUACCCGAAGGAGGCGGACCACCUGAACGCGGAGCAGUGGUACAUUCCCCCUCACCCCCCCCCAUCCCUGGAUAUCACCGCCUUUCUGCUCAUCUACAGGACGAGUGGAACCGCACGUACUACCCGAACGAGGAGGACCACCUGAACGCGGAGCAGUGGUACAUUCCCCCUCACCCCCCCCCAUCCCUGGAUAUCACCGCCUUUCUGCUCAUCUACAGGACGAGUGGAACCGCACGACGAGUGGAACCGCACGUACUACCCGAAGGAGGCGGACCACCUGAACGCGGAGCAGUGGUACAUUCCCCCUCACCCCCCCCCAUCCCUGGAUAUCACCGCCUUUCUGCUCAUCUACAGGACGAGUGGAACCGCACGUACUACCCGAAGGAGGCGGACCACCUGAACGCGGAGCAGUGGUACAUUCCCCCUCACCCCCCCCCAUCCCUGGAUAUCACCGCCUUUCUGCUCAUCUACAGGACGAGUGGAACCGCACGACGAGUGGAACCGCAAGUACCGUACUACCCGAAGGAGGCGGACCACCUGAACGUGGAGAAGCAGUGGUACAUCGUCGACGCCGCCGACAAGCGCCUGGGCCGCCUCGCCUCCACCAUCGCGAACCACAUCUGUGGCAAGGACCAGCCCACGUACACGCCGUCCGUCGACAUGGGCGCGUACGUCAUCGUGGUGAACGCGGAGAAGGUGGCGGUGACGGGCAAGAAGCGCGCGCAGAAGAUUUACCGGCGGCACUCGGGGCGGCCGGGCGGCAUGACGGAGGAGACGUUCGACCAGGUGCAUGCGCGCAUCCCCGAGCGCAUCGUCGAGCAUGCCGUGCGGGGCAUGCUGCCCAAGGGCCGGGUACUGAUGCGCAACCCGGAAAUCAAUGUGGAGCACGCCGUGCGGGGCAUGCUGCCCAAGGGCCGGGACGUGCGAAGCAUGCUGCUCAAGGGGCAGAUGGGUGGUGGUGAAUGGGGUUGA